AUGAGAACAAAGGAGACAAAUGAAAAAGUACAGAAGGAACAAUUCCAGGUGUUCCGGAAGGAAACAAUCGCCAACCCAAACUCCACUCCAGAAACCAUCACCAACCCCCACUCUACUUCAGAAACCAUCACCAACCCCCAGUUUACUCCAGAAACCAUCGCUAACCUCCACUCUACUCCAGCAACCAUCACAUACCCCCACUCUACUCCAGAAACCAUCACUAACCCCUACUCCACUCCAAAAACCAUCACCAACCCCCACUCUAUUCCAGAAACCAUCACCAACCCCCACUCUACUCCAGAAACCAUUACCAACCCCACUCUACUUCAGAAACGAUCACCUACCCCCAAUCUACUCCAGAAACCAUCACCAAAACCAUCACCAACUCCCACUCUACUCAAGAAACCAUCACCAACCCCCACUCUACUCCAGAAACCAUCACCAACCCCCACUCUACUCCAGCAACCAUCACCAACCCCACUCUACUAUAGAAACCAUCACCAUCAUUUUUCUACUCCAGAAACCAUCAGCAACCCCCACUCUACUCCAGAAACCAUCAUCUUCCCCCACUCCACUCCAGAAACCAUCACCAACCCCCACUCUCCUCCAGAAACCAUCACCAACCCCCACUCUACUCCACAAACCACCACCAACCCCCACUCUACUCCAGAAACCAUCAUCUACCCCCACUCUACUCCAGAAACCAUCAACAACCCCCACUCUACUCCAGAAACCAUCACUAACCUCCACUCUACUCCAGAAACCAUCACCAACCCCCACUCCACUCCAGAAACCAUCACCAACCCCCACUCUACUCCAGAAACCAUCAUCUACCCCCACUCCACUCCAGAAACCAUCACCAACCUCCACUUUACUCCAGAAUCCAUCGCUAACACCCAAUCUACACCAGAAAACAUAACCGAUUCACACUCUAUUCCAGAAAAAACAAUCGCCAACACUCACUCUACUAUAGAAACCAUCACCAUCUCUUCUCUACUCAAAAAGCCAUCACCAACCCCAAAUCUAUUCCAGACCCCAUUUAUCAACCUCCACUCUACUCCGGAAAACAUCACCAAACUCCACUCUACUCCGGAAAACAUCACCAACCCCCACUCUACUCCAGAACACAUCACCAACCCCCACUCUACUCAAAAAACCAUCAACAACCCCCACUCUACUCCAGAAAACAUCACCGACCCCCACUCUACUCCAGAAAACAUCACCAACCCCCACUCAACUCCAGAAAGCAUCACCUACCCCCAAUCUUUAUCCCAGAAACUAUCACCCUCCCUUCUCUACUCUAGGAACAAUCGCCAACCCUCACUCUACUCCAGAACCCAUCACCAACCCCAAACCUAUUCCAGACCCCAUUUAUCAACCUCCACUCUCCUCCGGAAAACAUCACCACCCCCCACCCCCCUCAAAAAACCAUCAACAACCCCCACUCUACUCCAUAAAAAUAUAACCGAUCCACACUCUAUUCCAGAAACAGUCAACAACCCCCACUCUACACCAGAAAACAUCACCAACCCCCACGCAACUCCAGAAAGCAUCACCUACUCCCACUCUAUUCCAAAACCCAUCACCAACCACCACCACUCUACUCCAGAAACAAUCACCAACCCCCACUCGACCCCGGAAAACACCGCCAACCCCCACCCUACUCCGGAAAACAUCGCCAUCCCCCACUCUCCAAACUAUCACCCUCCCUUCUCUACUCUAGGAACAAUCGCCAACCCUCACUCUACUCCAGAAACAAUCACCAACCCCCACUCGACCCCGGAAAACACCGCCAACCCCCACCCUACUCCGGAAAACAUCGACAACACCCACUAUACUCCAGAAACCAUCAUCUUCCCCCACCCCACUCCAGAAACCAUCGCCAACCCCCUCUCUACUCCAGAAACCAUCAUCUACCCCCACUCUACUCCAAAAAACAUCACCAAAACCAUUCAACAACCCCACUCUACUAUAGAAACCAUCACAAUCUCAUCUCUACUCAAGAAGCCAUCCCCAACCCCAAAUCUAUCCCAGACCCCAUUUAGCAACCUCCACUCUACUCCGCAAAACAUCACCAACCUCCAGUCUACUCCGGAAAACAUCGCCAACCCUCACUCUACUCCAGAAAACCUCACCAACCCCCACUCAACUCCAGCAACCAUCACCUACCCCCAAUCUUUAUCCCAGAAACUAUCACCCUCCCUUCUCUACUCUAGGAACAAUCGCCAACCCUCACUCUACUCCAGAAACACUAUAGAAACCAUCCCCAUCUCAUCUCUACUCAAGAAGCCAUCCCCAACCCCAAAUCUAUUCCAGUCCCCAUUUAUCAACCUCCACUCUGCUCCGGAAAACAUCACCAACCCCCCCUCAACUCCAGAAAACAACACCAACCCCCAGUCCGCUCCAGAAACCAUAACCAACGGUACAACCCGCAUCUGUUUAUUGGAACACCUACCCCCAAUCUACUCCAGAAACCAUCCCCGACCCCCACUCUGCGCCAGAAAACAUCGCCAACCCUCACUCUACUCCAGAACCCAUCACCAACCCCAAAUCUAUUCCAGACCACUCUACUCCAAAAAACAUCACCAGCCCCCACUCUACUUCAGAAAUCAUCACCAGCCCCUCUCUACUAAAGAAACAAUCGCCAACACUCACUCUGCUAUAGAAACCAUCACCAUCCCAUCUCUACUCAAGAAGCCAUCCCCAACCCCAAAUCUAUUCAUCACCAACCACCACUCUAUUCCAGAAAACAUCGCCAACCCCCACUCUACUUUAGAAACCAUCACCAUCUCAUCUCUACUCAAGAAGCCAUCACCAACCCCAAAUCUAUUCCAGACCCCAUUUAUCAACCUCCACUCUACUCCGGAAAACAUCACCAACCUCCACUCUACUCCGGAAAACAUCGCCAACCCCCACUCUACUCCAGAAAACAUCACCAACCCCCACUCUACUCCAAAAAACAUCACCAACCCCCACUCUACUCCAGAAAACAUCACCGACCCCCACUCUACUCCAGAAAAUAUCACCAACCCCCACUCAACUCCAGAAAACAUCACCAACCCCAACUCUACUUCAGAAAACAUCAGCGAUCCCCUCUGUAUUCCAGAAACUAUCACCUACCCCAACUCUUUUCCAGAAACCAUCACUAACCUCCACUCUAUUCCAGAAAUCAUCAUCAACCCCCACUUUACUCCAGAAACCAUCACCAACCCCUCUUCCACUCAGGAAACCAUCAUCAACCCUCACUUACUCCAGAAACCAUCACCAACCCCUCUUCCACUCAGGAAACCAUCAUCAACCCCCACUUACUCCAGAAACCAUCACGAACCCCCAUUCUAUUCCAGAAAAAACAAUCGCCAACCCAAACUCCCCUCCAGAAACCAUCACCAACCCCCACUCUACUUCAGAAAUCAUCACCAUCCCUUCUCUACUAAAGAAACAAUCGCCAACACUCACUCUACUAUAGAAACCAUCACCAUCUCAUCUCUACUCAAGAAGCCAUCACCAACCCCAAAUCUAUUCCAGACCCCAUUUAUCAACCUCCACUCUACUCCGGAAAACAUCACCAACCUCCACUCUACUCCGGAAAACAUCGCCAACCCCCACUCUACUCCAGAAAACAUCACCAACCCCCACUCUACUCCAAAAAACAUCACCAACCCCCACUCUACUCCAGAAAACAUCACCGACCCCCACUCUACUCCAGAAAAUAUCACCAACCCCCACUCAACUCCAGAAAACAUCACCAACCCCAACUCUACUUCAGAAAACAUCAGCGAUCCCCUCUGUAUUCCAGAAACUAUCACCUACCCCAACUCUUUUCCAGAAACCAUCACUAACCUCCACUCUAUUCCAGAAAUCAUCAUCAACCCCCACUUUACUCCAGAAACCAUCACCAACCCCUCUUCCACUCAGGAAACCAUCAUCAACCCUCACUUACUCCAGAAACCAUCACCAACCCCUCUUCCACUCAGGAAACCAUCAUCAACCCCCACUUACUCCAGAAACCAUCACGAACCCCCAUUCUAUUCCAGAAAGCAUCACCAACCUCCACUUUACUCCAGAAACCAUCACGAACCCCCAUUCUAUUCCAGAAAACAUCACCAACCUCCACUUUACUCCAGAAACCAUCACCGAUCCCCACUCUAUUCCAGAAACCAUCACCAACCCCCACUCUACUUUAGAAACCAUCACCAUCCAUUCUCUACUCAAGAAACAAUCGCCAAUCCCCACUCUACUUUAGAAACCAUCACCAUCCAUUCUCUACUCAAGAAACAAUCACCAAUCCCCACUCUACUAUAG